AUGCUUCAGAAUGCAUCUAGUAUUCAGUGGGAUACUGAUCUUGACGCGCAAGUUCCCAACUGGCUGGCAGGCGACGACUUUGACCUGAAUGCACUGAAUUCCUCCGUGUUGGCCAGCGCUAUAAAUGAUAUUCCCCUUCUAGUAUGCAACGAUGACGAUAUCUCUUUGUUGUCACCUCACGGGCAGUCAAUAAACUUUGACGAGUACCACGAGGAAUACCACAUUCGUCGACACUGGUUUAGCUUUAUACCUGCCGGCGACACUGGGCAUGUUACUCCUGACUUGAUGCCCGUGCACACAGAAGUUGAUGAUCAGUACCGAUCCUAA